GUUCCAGAACAGCGAUGGGGAGGUCAAAUACUUGCGUGAUGGUGAAGAACUGAUUCGGCCAGAGCGAAACACUUUGACCGUAAGCUUUACGGAUUUGGAGCAGUUCAAUCAGCAGCUAUCUACCACUAUUCAGGAGGAAUUUUACAGGGUUUACCCUUACCUCUGCCGAGCAGUAAAGAUUUUUGCCAGAGACCAUGGAAAUGUUCCUUCAAACAAGGACUUUUACGUUGCAUUCCAAGAUCUACCUACCAGACACAAAAUUAGAGAACUGACAUCAGCAAAAAUUGGCUCCCUGAUGCGUAUCAGCGGACAGGUGGUACGUACCCACCCAGUUCAUCCUGAGCUUGUAAGUGGAACCUUCCUGUGCCUUGACUGCCAGACAGUGAUUAAAGAUGUGGAACAGCAAUUCAAAUACACGCAGCCAAACAUCUGCAGAAACCCAGUCUGUGCCAAUAGAAGGAACCCAAACAAAUCAAGAUUUGUUGACUUCCAGAAGGUUCGUAUUCAGGAGACGCAGGCUGAGCUGCCGCGCGGUAGCAUUCCUCGCAGCGUGGAAGUGAUCUUGCGUGCAGAAGCAGUGGAGUCUGCUCAGGCAGGUGACAAAUGUGACUUCACAGGAUCACUGAUUGUUGUGCCUGAUGUGUCCCAGCUCUCAACACCAGGGGUGCGUGCGGAAACCAGUUCCAGGGUGACUGGGACAGAAGGCUAUGAAACCGAAGGCAUCCGAGGACUUCGUGCCCUUGGAGUCAGAGAGCUGUCAUACAAGCUAGUCUUCCUAGCUUGUUAUGUUGCACCGACAAAUCCACGGUUUGGUGGAAAAGAGCUCCGAGAUGAAGAACAGACUGCAGAAAGCAUUAAAAACCAAAUGUCUGUGAAAGAGUGGGAAAAGGUGUUUGAAAUGAGCCAAGAUAAGAACCUUUACCAUAAUUUGUGCACCAGCCUCUUCCCCACUAUCCAUGGUAAUGAUGAAGUGAAACGUGGGGUCCUGCUGAUGCUUUUUGGAGGAGUUCCUAAGACCACUUCAGAAGGCACUUCAUUGCGUGGGGACAUUAACGUUUGUGUUGUUGGUGAUCCAAGUACAGCCAAGAGUCAAUUUCUAAAGCAUGUGGAUGAGUUCAGUCCUCGUGCUGUAUACACCAGCGGAAAAGCCUCCAGUGCUGCUGGUCUAACAGCAGCUGUUGUAAAAGAUGAAGAGUCUCAUGAAUUUGUUAUUGAAGCUGGAGCACUGAUGCUGGCAGAUAAUGGGGUUUGCUGCAUUGAUGAAUUUGACAAAAUGGAUGUGCGGGAUCAAGUAGCCAUUCAUGAAGCCAUGGAGCAGCAGACUAUAUCCAUUACUAAAGCAGGAGUAAAGGCUACCCUGAAUGCCAGGACUUCCAUUUUGGCUGCAGCAAACCCAGUUGGUGGGCGCUAUGACAGAUCCAAGUCGCUGAAACAGAAUAUAAACCUAUCAGCUCCCAUCAUGUCUCGCUUUGAUCUCUUCUUCAUCCUCGUGGAUGAAUGUAAUGAGGUUACAGAUUACGCCAUUGCCAGACGCAUAGUGGAUCUGCAUGCCAGGGUAGAAGAAUCUGUUGAUCGUGUCUAUUCAUUAGACGAUAUCAGAAGGUAUCUGCUGUUUGCAAGACAGUUUAAACCAAAGAUAUCUAAGGAGUCUGAGGACUUUAUAGUGGAGCAGUAUAAACGACUACGGCAGCGUGAUGGCUCUGGAGUGACAAAGUCAUCCUGGAGAAUCACAGUGCGACAGCUGGAAAGCAUGAUUCGGCUAUCUGAAGCUAUGGCCCGUAUGCACUGCUGUGAUGAGGUUCACCCAAAACAUGUGAAGGAAGCUUUCAGGCUUUUAAAUAAGUCCAUCAUUAGAGUUGAGACUCCUGACAUCAAUUUAGACCAAGAAGAUGAAGAGCAAAUGGAGGAUCAAGAGCACCAAGAUGGAGUCAAUGGUGAAGCAGAAGCUCCAGCUGGGGUCAAUGGUCUUGUGAAUGGGAUCAGUGGCCAUUCUGAGGACAUGAACAAGGAUGCUGCACCCAAAGCUUCCCUUAGACUGGGCUUUGCCGAGUAUCGACGAAUUUCUAAUCUCCUGGUGCUGCACCUCAGGAAAGCAGAGGAAGAAGAAGAUGAUUCAGCAUUAAAGAAGAGUGAACUUAUUAAUUGGUAUCUAAAGGAAAUUGAAUCUGAAAUAGAAUCUGAAGAAGAACUAAUAAAUAAAAAGAAGAUCAUAGAGAGAGUAAUUCACCGACUUACACAUUAUGACCACAUUCUGAUAGAACUGUCCCAGUCAGGACUGAAAGGAUCCAGAGAAGAGGAGACUUUUGAUGAAGAUCCAUACCUGGUUGUCAACCCAAACUAUCUGCUGGACGACUAAGGGCUGAGAACUGGAUUGUAGAACUGACUAGUUACAUGUUGGAAAAUGCAUUCUUUUCUGCAUCCUUGCAAGGCUUGCUGUAUAGCUAACAUCUUAACUUCCUAUGAAUGCUUUAAUGUGGAAUUCGCCAAUGUGCGGUUAGUAAUAUGUGAUUGCUCAUUUACACUGAGUAUA